UCUCUUAGUUGUUCAGACUUCGGAGCAAGAAAGAAGGUAUCUCUUCCUUCUUCCUUCUCUGGCAAUCCAACUACUCCCGUUCCAUUACCAGACAAGCUCUAUUCCUGCUUCUGCAAGUCUCUGCAUCAGCAAUUCGGGAGGAAUCUUGUCUUGUUUGGGUUAAAAAAGAAUUAAAGGAGAAUAGCAAAUAUAAAUUGAGACAACACCUCAAAGAACGAACCCAGAACAAAAUUUCUGUCAGAGAACAGAAGUUCUAAAAUGGGUUUUGGUUUUUGGUUGUCGAGUAAAAUAGUUUUCUCUUGAUCUUAAAAAAGGGGCUUCAUCACAAAGGGUGUACUGUUUUCUCCUGCUCAGAUCACUUGAUUCCUUGGUGGGUCUUCUUUGAGAAUUCCAAUCAUGAAGAUUCGGAUGUUCCCAUGGUUCAAUAAGAAGGUCGUUGAUCCUCUUGUGCAGAUUCUUCGAAGGGGGGCAGAGCCGAAGCAAUUGGCAUUUUCUGUAGCUCUUGGACUUACCUUGGGAGUUUUCCCCAUCUGUGGGGUAACUGUGUUUCUUUGUGGGAUGGCUAUUACACUGCUUGGAUCCCUCUGUCAUGCUCCAAGUGUGAUGCUUGCAAACUUUGUUGCUACUCCGAUAGAGUUGAGUCUGGUGGUUCCCUUUCUGCGAUUUGGUGAAGUCAUUUCUGGUGGCCCUCAUUUUCCAUUAACCUCUGAUGCAUUGAAGAAAGUAUUGACUGGUCAUGCUUCACAGGAUGUCCUACUCAGCAUUGUCCAUGCAUUGUUAGGGUGGCUUGUUGCAGCACCUUUCAUUUUGACCAUACUGUAUGUGAUAUUUCUUCCAAUUUUCAAGUACCUGGUUCCAAAGUUCAGUACCCUCCCUUCAAGCCCUAACAAGCCACUGAUUUCCCAUACAGAUGUCCGGCUUAAGGUAAGAGAUGUCUAACAUCUCCUUAACUUUCAUCUUUCUACAACCCAAAGAUGGAAUGGGUCAUUGUGUUCUAACAAUUGUACAUAAACUUUAUACUGAGAUCAAUGCUGUAUAAUAGAUUGCAACUCUGUUCCUGGGGCGAUGGUUCUAUUGAAAUCUCUAUACCAAGUCGGGAAUAGUUGGUGUUUUUAUUUCAUAUUAUGUUUUUGUUCAAUGGUUUAGAAGAAAUUAAUUUGCUCAUAGAGAUUUCAGCAUGC